CAUUUCUGUUUACAUUCUGGCACAGUUUACACAUGAGUAAUAGUCAUCCGUUGGUUGACAGGUAAAAAUCGAUUUUGAAAUCAUUUUCGAAGAAUAGAAUCAACAUCGUUGCGAACUAGAACACCACUUGUUAUUGUCCAGAAGCUAGACAACCGUUUCACAUCAUGUCGAAGCAAGGAUAUGUUUACAGCAGUACCCCGAACCAAGCAAUCUAUAUUCCUCCAGGACAGGGGACAAAUGUAGUAAUCGCACAGCAGCAGCCCAAUGUGGUAACCAGGUCUUCUCAUGGCUUAUUUGGUCAGUUGGGUCGGGAACUGAACAACCUCGGCAGAACCAUCAGUCGCGAGGUGGACUGGACAGCUGCAGAGAUCAACAAAAGUCUUGCCACAACCGCACAGGGGAGGGUGCUUCCAUUGUUCCAGACUGGUAACCAACUCCAGUUGGUUUCCCGGGUGACGGGACGCAGUCUAGAGAUUCUCCAGGGGCCUUCAGGGCUUAUGCUGGAUGGGCUGGGUCAGGAUCAUGCGCCCAAUGCUGUGUGGACUGUAGUGAACGAGGGAAACAACCAGGUCCGCCUUCAUAACAACAACAACUACCUAACCGUCGUCAACGGCAACACCAUGGUCAUAAACAUGCCACCUGGUCAGAUGCACGGAGUUGAGACGAAGUUCCAGCUGUACGAGCGUGGAGCGUUUGUGCACCUCGAGUCUAUGAAGGAACGGGGCCGGCACUUGGGGAUCCUCCCUGGGGGUCAGCUGAAACCUGCUCUGGCCACGGGAAAAGAGGAUCACUCCAUGUUCGGAGUCAGACUGAUUUAUUCCCCAUAUGCUGCAACCGGUGGGAAAUAAGAUGGCCAUCAACUUCUGAAAACCCAAUAUUUAAGUGAUGUUUCUUCAUCCUGCGCCAUUAUAACCUGGAUGACCUGUCACUGGACCAGAGGGUCACAAGAUACAAUAAAAUUCUCUCCUUUUUAAAGCACCAUUUUCCAGUGAACACAGAAUCUAGGUGAAAUCCAGAAAACAAUCGUUUAUAAUUAUGAAUAUAUGGUUUACAUGCUGCUGUGUUUUUACAAUACAGAUCACUUCUUUCUGUUAUUUUAUUUUAUUAACAGUUUAAUGAUUAUAGAUCUGUGUGUAGAAGGUUCGGUUUGUGUGUUUUUUAGUUAUAUUUUGAAUGGACUCCCCUCUUGAUUACAUCAUUUGAUGUGUGCCAUAGAUUUCAUGGAAACACUUACUGUACAUAGCCAGUAAGCUCAAGUUAUUUAUUUUUUAAAAUAAAAAAUAUCUAAUAAUUCCAACCUAAAAAUAACAAUGCCAAAAAUGUGGAUUUUUUUUUUCACAUUUUUGCAUCAUAAUUUUUAUAUUUUAUAAUAUUAAAAAAAUAUAUCAGUUAAAAAAUAAUAAUUUGAUAAAGUUUGAAAAUCCAGUGCCAGUGGUACAGUUCUCACAAACUUUUUCCCAUUUUUCCAUUAUUCAGUGUGAUUUUUAUAAAAAAAUAAUUAAGAAAAAAACAUUAAAAAGGUGCUCUAUUGAUAUACAUGUAUACAAGUAUAUUGACUUGAUUAUUCAAUGAUUGUAUGUUGUUGUUGAUUUUUAAAUCUACAAACGUUUAAGUUUCAUUUUAAAUAAAAAAGAUAACUAAAUUAAUCUUUAUCUUCCAGUUCGUUUCAUUUUUUAUCCUAAUUUUGUCCAUUGUAUUAUUUUUAUUUUUUU